CUCGUUUUCUACGGCGCCGCAACAACACAGGGCCGAGGAAGGUUUCACAAGCGACUGAGUACAUCACUGAGUUCUGCUAAGAGGAAGGCUAGGUCGAAGGCUUAAAAAUUGUCUUGGUAAGCCAGUAUCCACAUAGGAACUACAAGAACCGUCCAUGAUCAUCCACAGUUAGAUAAUUAAAAAAUGGAAGGGUCAGCUGCAGUGACUCAGAUGGGGUCAGAGGAUGCAGAAGGUAAAGGUUUCUCCGCCCAUUCAAUAUUUAGCACAUAUCGGCCGCCUCUCUUCAGAAGGCCACCAAAGAAACUGAGUCUCUUACAGCUGCAGAGAAAGAGAGAAAUACAGGAUGUAACCUGGCAGAGCUUUACAAGACAAAACCAAAUGACAAAGUCUUUGGUAUAUCGACUAGGAAUCCUAAAGCAAUUAGAGGGCCAUAGAGGCUGUGUUAACUGCAUUGAAUUUAAUACAGAAGGAAGCUUACUGCUGUCGGGGUCAGAUGACUAUGAUGUCAUACUUUGGGAUGUGUACCGUCAAAAGCGCAUAAAGACAUUACCAACUGGUCAUAGAGGCAACAUAUUUUCUGUAAAGUUCCUACCUCAGACUGGAGACAGAGUAGUCAUAUCAGGUGCGGGAGAUGGCCGUAUAGAAGUAAGGGAAGUGGAGACAGGAGAUGUUACGCAACUUUGUACCUGCCACUGUGAAAGAGUCAAGAGGAUUGCUACUGUACCUACACUUCCAAAUGCAUUUUUUUCAGCUUCUGAAGAUGGCACUGUUAUGUUAUAUGACAUGCGGUCGCCACAUACUUGUGGUUCUUCUCAAACAAACAAUGUUCUAAUCAACUUGAGGCGCCAUGCAGGAAGAACAGCUGAAUGCAAGUGCAUUACUGUUAAUCCUUCCCGACCAGAGCUGCUUGCUGUAGGGGCCAGUGACCCAUAUGUUAGAAUAUACGAUAGAAGAAUGAUUAAAUUAACCAAUUUACAGAACCCUCCAGGUGGAAUGUCAAGGAGUCAGUGGGAGAGAAGUAACUAUGCGACCAGUCAGCUCGAUUCCUCUGCAGACAAUCUUCCCCCCGGCUGUGUACAAUAUCUAGUUCCAGGACACCUUCCUGAUAAGCUGAAGGAAUACUACAGACGUUACCGGUCAUUGGCAACUACCUACUUGACAUAUAGUAGUGAUGGCACUCAUCUGUUAGCUAAUUUAGGUGGUGAACAUAUAUACCUCUUCAACACAGCAAGUCCUCGUCAGCCUAGGCAAUAUUCAAUAUCAAAUGUUGUAAAACAUUCUAAAGAAUCUGAUGGCCCAUCAAAUGGAGUAUGCAAGUCAAUUGCUUCUAAUACAAAUGGUAUAUCCUCUCAUCUUACUGGAGGCGGGGAACGAAUAGGGUAUCAUGCACAAGCCCAGUCUUUACCUCCACAAGCAGAAAUACUUAAAGCUAGAGCUAACCAGGCCUUUGCUGCAGAGAAAUACAUCACUGCACUGCACCUGUACAACCAAGCUGCACAGAUAUGCCCGAACUCUGCUGUUCUGUAUAGUAAUAGAGCUGCUGCUUUAAUGAAGCGAAAGUGGGAAGGUGAUAUAUAUGCUGCACUGAAAGACUGUUUCACGGCAUUGGAGAUUGAUCCUCACCAUGUAAAGGCGCAUUUUAGAUUGGCGCGAUGUUUGCAUCAACUUGGCCGUGAGCAAGAAGCACAACUUUGCCUGGAGGAGUUUAGAAGACAACAUCCAGAUCACAGUUCAUCACCUGCCUGCUCUGCGCUAGCUCAUGAUAUUACCAGCUCCAUUUUACAAUUACAGAAUGGAAUUUCUUCAGAUAAUAGCAGUGAGGGAGAUAUGGAUGAAGAAGGACUCCUGGGUGCAUUGCCAACACCCAGUACGCAGGAACAGGAGUGGCGUGUAAGAGCCACAGACUAUCACAAGUCAUACUGUGGCCACUGCAACACCACUACCGAUAUUAAAGAAGCCGCUUUUCUUGGAAAGGAUGGCGAAUUCAUAGCAGCAGGGUCUGAUGAUGGAAAUUUGUUCAUUUGGGAUCGUGAAUCCACAAACCUCAUUCGUGUUAUUCCGGGAGAUGAAUCCAUUGUCAAUUGUGUCCAGCCCCAUCCGCACACCUGUUUAUUAGCCACAAGUGGAAUAGAAUCAGUUGUGAAACUUUGGGCUCCUCUUCCACAGCUGGAUAAUGAAGAUCUUCAAAGCAUGGACUUUGAGAAAAUGGAAAAAACAGCCCAAGCCAACCAGCAACGCAUGAGUGCUGAUCCCUUGGAGAUGAUGCUGAUGCACAUGGGCAACAUGGCCCAUGUGUUUGGAGGAGGCAGUGGGGGUGAGGGGAGAGGUGGAGGAGGAGGAGGGCCAGGUGGCGAUAAUCCUUCGCGGGACCCUUCUCCUGGCGGCCAGAAUGAUCGCAACUUGGCAGACGUCCAAUGUCGUACUAGCUGAGCCCAGCCAGUUAAGUGUUCACACUUGCCUGGCAACCUUCUUGAAAUGAGACUGUGAUGGAUGCUCCUUGUCGUUGGUCUGAAUUCUGAAAAAACCCUGAAUGGAAAUUCUUAGGAUUGUGGUCCCUGCUUUGUCAGUCAUUUUACUUUGUUAUACAGGUGUAGUACCAAAGAAGUCUUUCUCAAAUAGGUAUUUCAGAUUCUAGGCCUUUGUUGCAGGAGUCUCUUUAGCUUAGAAUUAAUCAAGUGACUUGUGUGGUGGAGGAUAUGAGUAUCACAUGUACUUCAACUACAACUAAGAUCUUUCAUCUUAUUGAUAGACUAGAAAUCAGAUUCUCUACAACUUGUUUUAUGCAGUCAGAGAUUUGGAAAGCUUCUCUUUUGAUUGUAAGUGGAUUGUUCAAGAACUUUCAGUUGUUAUGCUAAAUCUUUUUCAUAUGAUUUCUGGAUUAUAUAAAGUUGUAUGUUUGGCAGUUCAGCCUUCAGUUAAACAUAAUGUAGAUAAUAGUUUCAUUCAUUCUCAGAACCAGUAAAAGCAGUCUUUACUGGAACUUAUAGUGUCAAAUUAGUAUCUGUGUAUUCUGCAGUGUAAGUAUAAAUGGUUAUUUUGUGAUUUAUUAAGUUAAAGUAGUUUAAACUGAAAAUGCAAGACAAGUUAAACUACAUUUUCAAAUCUUGUGAGCUCAUUCAACCUCUUCCCCUGCCAGGCUUAUAAACAGCUUACAUUUGAGGCUGUUUGAUAUGCUAAAUAUUUAUACUGGUGCUCUGAUGUGCAGUUUAAUUCAUGUACAUAAUCAUUUGUGUGAAAGUUAUAUUUUGUAAAACAACUUUGAUAUAUCUAUAUAUAUAUAAAUAUAUAAAUAUAUAAAAUCUUUGAACAGGGUACAUCAGCAGUUACUAUCAAAUGAGUCAGUACAUGCUAAUGUACUUGUACAUACAUGUAUAUGUUUAAUGACUGAUUAUGUUCCAAAGAAUUUGGGCAAGACAUUGUAUUAGGUAACAUUAUAAAAUACUUGUGUUCUGCCUUAUUAUUAUGAUUUUCUUUGCUUAUGCCAUACAUUUUAUAUUUGCAUCCUGCAUUUUCUAUACAGAUAUUCCAUUUUCUGUUGUUGAUUAUAAGAUUCAUCCAGAAAAGAUAAUGCUUUUGAAAGUGAUAAAAAAAGAUUCCAUUUCUAGGCAUUGUAAAUAUUGUGUGCUUUAUCUGUUGUUCCUUCUGUAUGUAGCUGAAAUGAACUUGUAUGAGUAUGAUAUGGUUUCUCUCAUUCUUUAUUUUCUACCUAUAUUUGAUAUGUUUAUUUUUGUUAUGUGAAAUGCUGUAAAUAAUUUUGAAGUUAUGUCCUACUGUAUAUGAGAUAUAGUGGCUUAUCCUCUUCACAUUUUGCCCAAUUUACUCUAAGAAGGCAUGUUCAUUAGGGGACAUUCUAUGAAAAUGUUUGUAUUCUCAGAGAAAGAAAUGGAAACUUGUGUAUUUACGAAGUAAAUAUAUAAAAUCUUCAGUCUGUCUGAAAAGAUUUCCUUAGAGGUCAAAUUGUAUAAUUAUUUGUCACUAUUAUUGUGAUUCCUUGGUAUGUUUCUGUGUUUGCUUACACAAAUGCGUUUUUUUUUACUUGUGUUUUCAUUUUUACAGUAUUUUGUUUUUUACUAAUAUGUUUUCACUUACUCCCUGCUGUGCUAACUUGGUCUUGUUAACUUACUCCUUUUAUAGAAUUAUCCAGUUGAUCAAGAAAUUGAGAAAAAGAAAAAAAUAUAUGCAGCCGUAGCAUUCAUUAACACUAGUUAUACCCACUAAAUGGUCUCAUGCUGCCUACCUUCUUCAUAUACCCUAGUAUAAUCAGUGAACUUUUGAUUAAGGAACUUUGUGGAUCAUGGAGAAAAGUCAUAAGUUGUAGCUGAUAACUUCCUAUAAACAGUAACGUUCAACAUUUUGGAUCCUUGAAAUGUACAUUUCAUGGACCCAUGAUAAGAGAAUACAUACUACUAUGAAGUUGUCAUUCUGGGAGCAUGUAUUUAUUCUCGUGUAUAAGCAUGAUGGACUAGGCCCAUAUAUAAAGCCUUGUUCAUGAAUUACUCUCCAUAAUGGAAAUGUAAUAUAUAAUUGGUUCUGGAUGCCUGCUGUAUACAUGUAAUAUUUCACAAUAUAUUCUAAAGAAGAAAAAGGAAUAUGAUAUGAAUUAGACUCAAACCAUAACUCUAUUCAGAAUGGACAAUACUAUUAUCAUAACUAUUCCUCCAAUUUAGAAUCCAAAGGUAUUAUGUAUUAAACAUUAAAAUGCUAAAAAAUUGGCAUGCUUGGGUUUUAAGUUUCCUCUUUUUUUAUAUGUUAGAAUUUCAUUAUCCCUCUCAGUAAAGGUCCUGGGGCUACUUUUGGGUGUGCAUGGGCCCUUAAGAAAAAGUUUCAUAGGAUUAUUAUGAUGCAUAACUUUAAAUGUAUACCGUUUAUACCAUGAUAUGUCUGUACUUCUCGUUUCUUCAUGGGAAAUUUUUCAAUGACCACAUAUUUAUAAGAGGAUAUUUAAUUUAUUAUCCUUAUACAAAGUAGCAUGGUGACAUCAGUAUGAAAAUAUUGGAGGUUGGUAAACAGUACUGGAGACUAGUGGGUAUACUAGUAUAGUGUAUUUUGCGGAUAAAGUAACAACAAGAAAAAACAAAUGCCUUUCUGCAACAUGAACAAAUACUUAAGGCAGGUGCACUUAUUGAAGCAACUUCUUAAGAUUUUGUUCAUGAAUUGUGAAUAGAUUUCUUCAAGCUACUAUAUUCAAUUUAGAUUGGCUGGAAGAUAUUUUAUAUAUUUUUAAAAACUUCUUUUGUUUAUGAAUUAGCAAAAUUGACAUAUUGACCUACCACAUACUCUUCAACACAUGGAUAUCUGUACUCAGAUCUUUCUUCUGCUAGAAUCUGACUUAGUUAUACUUUCAACUCAAUUCACGUGUAUUAUCUGUAAUAAUGCCAACUUCAUGGUAUAUACUAGUCAUAGCUGAAGUGACAUUAGAGUUCAGUAGCAAUAAUAAAAUGGCACAAAUGUUGUGAUAUUGACAACACUUGCACUAAUGAUACUAAUAUUAUUCCAGAACUCAGAGAAAAUGCAGAUAAUGAGUUUGACUGAAUAUUUAUACAAAAGUAUUUACAUCUUAUUUUCUGCCAUAUGGAUGACAAUAGACAGGUCAGUGUAAACCAGUGGAAUGGCAGUUGGUUGGAUCUGAACAUAAACAUUAUUUUUUAGGAUCUGCAUCCUAUUACAUAUUUUUGUUUAAUCAGGUUCAAAAGUUAUCUUCAUCAGAAACAAUGUCUAGUUAGAUGGUUCAGUCCUUCAUUUUCUGUUUGGUUUGUGUGCAGUUAGAUUCAGCCUUUGUUAAUAUGAAAAAGGCAGUACUCUGUACACACAAAAAGUUGCAUUACUGACCUCAGAGAAGGUUAACUUCUUAUACACUAGAUAUGAUAUUCUUUCUCCCAAAGGAAGAUUCUUUCUAUGCUAACUCUGCUUCCCUAUCUUCCCUAUCUCUUUCAGUCAGUAUAUAUUUUCCUGUAUGAUAUUUUUACAUCUGUAAAACCGACCAAUCUACUUAAUCUGUCAUAUUUACUAUUUUCAGAAUUCAAGAAUUACAGGAAUGAAAGUAUGGAAAGUAUAAUGCAUGUUUAUAUCAGUUAAAUCUAAUAUUACAUAAAAAGAACUGAACAAAGAAAUUAUUUAUAACAAGCAACAGAAUUCCUGGGUCCAGGUAAGAAACCUCAAAGAAAGUGUCAAAGUGCAAAUGAACAAAUCUCCACAUACAUGAAUUCAAAUUGUAUGUGUUUUUAAGAAUAGUCUUACAUUUAUGAAAUGGGUACUGAAUGCUAUAGACAAAGGAAAGUAUUUAUAUAAAAAUUUCUGUAGAAUGUCCUCUGUGAAGAAAGUGUUUAAAAAUCUACAUUCAUAUGUAACAAGCAUGCUUUGUUUCUUGUGUUGUCUUUGUAGUGCAGGAAUUUUGCCAAAGUUAAACAUAGAACAUAAAAUAAAUGGGAAAUCAAAUGCCCAAUGUCUGCAGUGGUUAUAUUUCCACUGUUCAUUUUUUAGCCUGUUUUGGCUAUGUUUGAAAUUCACCUGUAAAAUAUUGAGCAUACUGGCUUCUCCUUUGUUAACAAUAGUUUUUGUUUACAAUUUUGAAUGUCACACCCUCUUCACUUCUUAUAGAAAGAAGGGGCAAAGAGAACAGAAGAGGGAAGAGAAAAUGGAAGGUGGAAGUGGUAUGAUUAAGGGAGAGGGAAUCUGGUAAUGAAUUUUGUUAGUACUUUUGAUAUGAAGUUAAUUCUCACUUACUUAUUUUCUAUGAAACUCAGCCACUAUAGGUAUUUACAGGAUUGAGUAUUGUCAUCAGAAAAAGGAAUUGGAUGAAGUUAGUGUGUUACAUCAACACAUCAUAUGAUUUUCUUUGCAGAGCUGUGCAGUGUUUCUGUUUAACCUUCCAGUCCUCUUUUUGAGGUGAAAAUACUACUGUUGAAAGUUCUCUAGACAAACACUGUGUUGCUUAUUGCAAAGCUUUUUAUUAAGUUGUAAAUUACGUACAUAAAUAAAAGAUAUACUCUAAA